AUGAUAGCUAGCCUUACCAGUAAGGUCGAGGGUUUUGAAAGCAUACUCAAAGAAGUAAAAGACAGCCAAAAUUUUAUAUCAGGUAUGUAUGAUGAGAUGCUUAAUGAAAUAAAAGAGCUGAAAAAGCAAAACCAAAGUUUUAAGCAUGAGGUAGUGGGUCUGAAGAGGAAGGUGGAGGACAGGGAUGAUGAAAUAGAAGAAUUGAGAGUGAAGGUAAAUAACAUGGAUCAAUACAACAGACGCUUUAACUUGGAAAUAAAUGGAGUUCAAGACGCCGGUAAGGAAGACACAAUAAAGAUAUUGGAGAGGGUUUGUGGGGAAAUCAAUGUUACUUUUGAUAGUCAACAUAUCCAGGCUGCCCACCCACUAAAACAGCACAACGCUGAGCACCCACCCACACUGAUUGUUCAGUUUACAAGGAAGGAUGUUCGGGACCAGUGGAUAACCCAGGGAAGAAAAAAGCCUACAAAAAUGCUGCAGCGGGCAAGCCUAAAGUCUAUUUUAAUGAAAAAUCUGACGACAGUGGACAACAGAAAACUGCAUAGAGAAACCAGACUUAAGGCCAAAGACAGAGACUAUAAAUUUGUGUGGGUGAAAAACGGAAAAAAUCUUUGCGAAAAAAAGUGA